UUUGGUUUAGUUUCGAGCUGAUAGCUACAGACAUUUCAGUUAUGAACUUCAGCCGUAUAAAUUUAGAAAGUCCAGUAAAUAUAUUCGCGGUAGCAAUAUUGGUCAAAGAUGUCCCCGAGAAAGCUGCAGUAUUUCGCAAACAUCGAAUAAACAAGUUUUAUACUCUCUAAUUCGCUUUUUAAUGUGAUUGUACUCAGUACACGUUGCCCAUUGGUUACUAUCACUUGAUGAUGAAAACUGAUUCAUAUAAGGUUUUCAAAUCUUAACACUCCCCUCAAACAUUUUGGAUAUUCAAUUGACGCACAUUCUGUAAUAUAAAAUAAUUUCGCGUGUGUUUAAGAUUUCAAAUAUAAUUGCUUAUCGUUUGCAGUAAUUUAAUUGCUUGCCGUAAUUAUAGUGUAUUGGCAAUAUGGGUUCAUAUGUCGAAAUACCUGUUGGUUCAAGCUAGUCAACAUGGUAUGAAAAUGUUCAUUUAUUGGUUAAUGUGGCAAAAACUUGUAGCUUAUUCCGUUGUAGUUGCAUAUUAUCAAGCUCGUAAGUUCCUUACAACUUAACUGUUCCACAUUUUUUAACAUGCAUUUCGAACUUGGAUAAAUUAAUUUUAUAUGUAGGUCUAACCGUGAUAGAACUUUAUCUAAAAGAAUGACAGAUAGCUGAGGUAAGGACUGCCUGACAGAUAUUUGGGCCCAAUACAAUUAGGAGAAGAUUGGUCAUAAUUAACGUUUGAUUGGGUUUGCCUAAAUCACGUGAAUCAAAAAGACUGUUUGCUUCUUGAACAGGGAUAUUAACAGCUCCCUCCCCCAUCCUGACCCAGCUGUGGUAGUCAGAAUUUUCUCUGAGUGAGAGGAAGAUGCAGUUGAAGAAGAAACAUAUUAUUACUGGAUGGACAUAAUGGAGUGGACACCAUUAAUGCACGCUGCUAGAAAUGGUGAAGUGGAAACAGUUCAGAAACUCUUGAAAUCUAAAGAAAAAAUUCAUUUAAAAAAUAUGAUGGGAGCUAAUUUACUUACGUUAUCUGCUGCAAGUGGCAAUAAGUCAGUUUUUAAAAUGAUACUUGGAGAAAUGAAGAACAUGUCAGCUGAAAAUACGGUGGAUCUGUCUUGUGGUUUGCGGGUUGCUGCACUGUUUGGUCACACAGAUAUUGUCCAGUUCAUACUGAAUGCUAAAUGCGACCCCAAUGCAAAAGAUCCUGUGUCUGGAGCCACAGCACUGAUGCUAGCAACAUCAUGUGGACACUAUUCUGUUGUGAGACUGAUUCUGGCAUAUGGUGCACUCGUUGACAGUACAAAUGUGUUCUGCCAGUCAGCUAUUGAUAUAGCUGAAUCAAAGCAGUAUAAUGAUCUUGUAGAACUCUUGAAAACGAAAGUAGCACAUGAUAGCAAAAAGUUUCGCCCCAACUUCUUGAUGCCUUUAGAAAUGCCAAAAAUGGAUUAUAGAGUCAAAGAAUUAGAUACAGUUUCAGGUGCCACAGAUAUCCUUUCAAAGACAGCUGCUUCUCCUACAGCUAACAGGUUCAAUUUUGCAACAGAGGAAUUGUUGUCUCCUCAGACUACAUAUAUGCCAGAAGUACCAGACACCAGUUAUUUGUCACCUAUAACUUCGCUGCAAAUGUGUGGCUGUGAAACUUAUAGUCCUGGUGACUCCAUCUUUCUUUCUGAAAAUCAAGCCUGCAAGAAAACAGAUGACAAAACGAAACAAAUUGUUUCUCAGCCUGGUAAGACAGUGGAAAUGGAGCGUUCAUCAAAUGAUGUGCGUUAUUAUCUCAGUCCACACAAUUAUCAUUUCCCAAAAAAGUUUGAGAUUCCAAAAAAGCAAGAAUUUUCAAGAAACAUUGAGAGAAGCAUUCAGGAAGAAAAGUUUUUUCAAGAUAAUUUUGAACUUUCUUAUAACAAAAUGUUUCAAUAUGACACGUGCAGUCAGCCCAGUUCCCCAUAUUCUCCUUCUCCAAAUUCUCUUUCACCAACAUCAAGAAAUGUAUUCUCACAUAGUGACCCUUCUGUAAUUCAUGAACUGAAUGGUGGAACUGAGAGACAGAAACGUAAAAAGAAAGCCUUUUGGCAUGUUAUAAGGAGAAGGGUGCGCAGUCUUGCACAUGAUAAAAAUGGGUAUCAUUUUUACCAUCCUUACUGCGAUUCUGCUGUUUCUAAAAAAAACACAAUAUCAUCUCCUCGCAUUUGGAUAGACGAUAAUCUGAAAUUCAAGUCUACUGAGGCAAAUCCAGAGGGAGAAAAGGAGGAGUCUACUUGUAAAAUGGUAGUAUCUCCACUUUCUUCCAAUGUGGAAUCUGAAAAAAGCUAUAAAAAUACACCCAUAUCUGUUCAGAAAGAAAGGCCGGUUAAAAGCGAGUUUAAGGAGUUCCUUUGUGCAAAUGGGCUUCAUCAUUUUAUUGACAUACUUUUUGAACAUGAGCUUGAUUUGGAGACAUUCUUUGAACUAUGUGACAUGGACCUUAGAGAAAUUGGAAUAACCAGCAGAGAGGACCGCAGGAAGAUUCUGAACGUUAUUGCUUCCCAAAGCCAUUACUGUACUUGACUUCUGUGAAUAGAUUUGUGUAAAAUAUUUAUUGCAUAACUCUGGACAAGGCAUAGUCCUUUGUGUGUGUGUGUGUGUGUGUGUGUGUGUGUGUGUGUGUGUGUCAUUGUUUGUUUGUUUGUUUGUUUGUUUGUUUGUUUUACUUGUUAUGUUGUGUAUUUGAUUUAAUUUGUAGAUGGCGAUUGACUAUAAUGUAAUAAAAAAAUGGACAGUAGCAAAAAUAUAUAAUUUAAAACUACUAAUUAAAAACUCAGUAAAUUGUGGAUAAAUUUCUCCCACUUUGUUGCAUCCAGUAUUUUUGUAAUGUGAACCCUAACAGAAAUAGGAACUGAUUGUCCAUUUGUGGUGUCUACUAGAACCAUUAUCAGUGGUUUUAUUAAAGUAUUUUGAAGAAA